AUGUCCGACCCAGUACCCCUUCCCCCAAGCCUUGGGAGGCGGUUUUACGAGCCCAUCAUCUUGUUAUCUGCCCUCAAAGGGGUCUACGGACAAGACAAGAGCCUUGUGGAGCCCGACCUCGAAGGUAGCACGGGAAAGUCUCCGAAGCAGGUCUACUUCUGUUUUCUGAAUAAGCUCAGUCAGAUAUGCGACAGCCAAAAAAAGCAAGACCUCGGCAAGACUGUCAGCGCCAUUGUGGCUCUUGAACCGGGCAGCAUUGAGUACCGCUUAGCGUCCAAUAGGCGGGAUAGCCGUGAGCUGGCCGCGACCACGGAAUACUUAACCGACAUCCUGAACGUCCUCGGCCAUGUCACAGACGGACAAAUCAAUGAUAAGGCUUUUAUGGCCACCGUCUCCUCUGACAUUCUGCGCAAGGUCCUCGGGUUCAACCGCCCUCGAAUUGAGGUUUAUCUGAACGAGCUAGUUGAGGCAAAUCAGCUAGGUUUCUGCAUCGAAUCUGCUACUACGAGCGAGACGCCUGACGUUCUGAUUGUUACUUCCAGGCAGUCGACAGCCCCUGGAACGACAUCCGCCACGCCCUCGGCCGCCUCCUCUCCUACUUCAUCGCCAUCAAAGUCCUCAUCUCCGCCCGCAAGUUCUGGCCACGCCUCUUCGUCGACUUCGAGGUCACCUACAUCCCCUCCAGCGAACCCCAACCUGACCCGCCCGGCAUCCGGCGCAACGCGGAAAGGCAUCAUCCGCCGCAUGUCUCGCAGCAAGGAGAUCGCCGACGCCUACCAAAGCCACGCCAAACACCUGCAGGCCUUCAAGCUCGACGAUCGCAUCCGCAAGCGCGCCAAGUCCGACUCCUUCCGCCCCAUCGUGCACGCCGAGGUCAACCUCCUCGCCUCCGUGCUCGCCUCGCAGGCCGCCGCGGAGCGCGAGGGCGAGGAUCCGCUGCGCUUCUUCCACGAGGCCGAUUUCGGCGCCUACAUCGGCAGCAGCAAGCCGACCUGCCUGCUGUGCAGCCAGUACUUUGCCGCGCACCCGGGCCAAGGUCGGCUGUCGCGAGUCGCACGGCAACCUCUACCACAACUGGCGCGCGCCGGACGUGAUGCCGGAGCAGGGCCCGCCGCGGCCAAGGAGCGCUGCGACAUCCUCGAGGCCAUGGUCAAGGAGUGCGCAAGGAGGCCACGCGCGCGAUCCGGGACCGCUCGUAUACGCGGCGGAAGCAUGAUUCGUGGGGUCAAUCUGGAUACGUCUUCUAUGAGGGCUUGGAGCGAUGAGUCGCGCGAGACGACCCCUAGGGCUCGGAGGAUUAUCGAGGAGGACGAGGAGGAUGAUGACGAGGGUGGCGAGGAUGGCGGGGGCGUGAAGUUGUGA